AUGCCCCUAACGCAGAAGGGGAUGGACCUCAAUCCUGUCUUCACCUCUCCCACCGGGUUCCGGCCCUCAGGUAUUGGUGGCGGCGAGCUCAAACUCUUCGAACACGUCGGAAUCAAGCUUGUGCAUGGGUGGCUCGUAGACCCAGGUAGCCAAGAAGCCAAAGCACUCGAACGCGCCCCAGAUUACGACGCCGCGGUCAACCUCAUCGCGGAAGUGGACCACCUGACGAACGGAAAGUUUGUCAUGGAGGAGGAGGCACCCAACGUAGCUGGCCCAUCCUCGUCUUCGUCGUCAGCACAACCGGUAGCUUCAUCGUCCUCUUCGAAUGGCGGGAUGGGCCCCACGUACAACCUAACUGAGGAACAGCAAGCCAAGAUUGCUGACGCAAUUGUUGUCCGCGACUUCCUCGACCACUCCCAAUCCCAGCUAACCUAUCACGGACUCUUCCAACUCGCAUCCGAACUCCCAGCCGAUACCCUCGUUGCUCUCUUCCGCAACUCCCACCUCUCCGUCCUCCUCAAGGUCGAGCACGACGAGGGCCCAGCUAUCUAUACACUCGCAACGGACCAGGUGUUUCUGAGGGAGUCGUCAGUGGUGUGGGAAAGGUUAGAGGACGUGGAUGGCGGCUGGUCGACGUUUGUAGACUCGAAUUUCGUCAAGGCUAGUCCAGCGGGCGGAGAUUUCGCGGGCCAGACGGCGGAGGACGCGUUGAAGGCUAUGGAGAUCUUGGAGAGUCAGUACCAGGAGCUGGGGGAUCCCAAUGACCUUGCGUUGGCGCAACAACUGCAAGCAGAGGAAGACUAUCUGGCGCGCAAAGACUAUCAAAGGCGGAGGCAUCAAAUGCGAUUAGCAGAGGAAGAACGCGUCAAGCAGGAGAAACCGAAGACCAAGAACAAGAUGUCAAAGUCGAAGGACUGUGUUAUUAUGUAGCUGGCGUCUGUGGAUUUCUCAUCUCCAAUUUGGGCCUCUUUGCAACUCGUUUCUCUGUGGUGUUUUUACUUUCUAAUGAUUCACUGGCUACCUCGAG